UCAGUGCACGACGAUACGAUGCAACGAUUGCACGCUCUAAAAGAUUUAUAGAUAAAUGCAGUUCCCGGUGAAAAUAGAUAAAUGCCAGUGCUCAUGUGUUUUCUACACAUUUCAAUAGGCGCAAGCGCAUUGACUGGACACGUGUGACGUUGACGGGACAGCCACCGUUAUUUUACAAAAUGGUUCCCCGCGGGAUACUCGUCCUGUGCUUUAGUGUCGUCCUGGCUUCGGCUACGGCUGACACCUUCGGAGUCGGCAUGAAGCUGCUCAGACGGUUGUAUGAUGACUGCGAGAAGUCACAGGAGAUCACGAAAUGUUUUAAAAUCCAAGCAGUUAAGUUGGUGGAUCGUGCUGCUAGAAUGGAAUCACUUCCACUAUUCGACGGCUUUUCCUUAAAGCGGAUCGCGGACCACGGUAGAGCGUUUCCCUCAUCCAUACCAGAAGGUGACUUGAAUUCUUUAAGUUCAGAGGAAGUCGACAAACUUCUCAAUCUAGCAACGUCGAAGCUGAUGCAAACGCAUCGUGUUAUAAUAUCACCUACUAAUAUUGGAACGGACGUCGGCCGGUCAAUGAACGAGGCUAGAAGUAAAUUGAAGAAAAUGAUAGGGCCGAUAUUAGCUGGGGUAGCGAUCAAGGGAGGUUUCUUGGCCAUGGCAUUCCAGGCUAUCGCUCUGAUCGCUGGUAAGGCGUUGCUGAUUGGUAAGAUUGCUUUACUAUUAUCCGCCAUUAUCGGAUUGAAGAAACUGGUAGCAGGAGGAGAAGCGCACGAGAAAACAACGUACGAGAUCGUGAAGCAUCCACAGGUUUCACAGAGCCACACUUACUCAUCCUCACACUACGGCAACGACUUCGACACGACUGGUCCAGGAGGUCACUACAGAAGAAGCGUCGAAGAGGAAGCUGCAGCUCAGGAUAGAGCUUACAGAGCUUACGCAAAGAAGCAGUAAGCGGUAAAAUCUGGUAGAAGAUGACUUACGACUCCCUUUACAAAAUACAGCAACGACAAGGCAUUUUCACAAAUGAAACAACCUCCCAUGUCAACAUACGCGUUGGCGACUUCGCACUCGCAAGCUGGAGACUAGUAUUCAUUUAUAUUAAUUUAUUAUAAGUUAUACGACUCUAUUUAAACUGAAUAGGUAUUAUUUAAGUGUUAUUUAAUUAUGUUAAUCGUAAGACGCUUGCUUAUCCCAAAUAUAUAAUCGCAUUCAAUUGAAUUUAGUUAUGUAAAAAGGGUUAAAUAAUUGUGUAAUGUGUGUUGAAUAAUUUAUAUUAUUUAAUUAUUUUUUUUUAAUAACUAUUGCACCAAAUAAUUCUAGUUAAUGAAAUAUGUUACGUAAGGAUAUUUAUUGAUUUUAUUGUUACGGUGAAUAAUUAAUAACUAGGCUAGUCGACGGGUACUGUGCAUUUUCUAUUUCAAAGAUUACAGAUGUCCAAUUUUGUAAGAUACAUAGAUUAAGUAUAUAAUUUAAUAAUUAAUUUAUUAUAUUCGCUGGUAUGGUGCGUUGCUGUUUGGAAUAUUAUUAGUUUUAAUAAUUUAUUUAUUAAUAUUUAUUGAGUCCUAUAUAAUUUUAUAUUGUUAUAUUUCAUCAUAUAUAAAUUGUCAAAUCAUGACAAGGUGGUUACGCGAGUACCUUUUUGUUAAUAAUAUUAUGUAUUUUAUAUUAUAUUACAAAAUACUGUAUUAUGUAUGGUAUAUUAAUAUUAUAUUUUGUGUAACUAUUAUUAUAGUAUAAUAAUACUUUUGGAACAUUUAUAAAAAUUAUGUAAUAUUAUGUUAUAUUGAAUGGUGGGUAUAUUCUAAAUGUUGAAUGAGGAGAU